GCUCGUGCUGCGGCGGCGGCACUCAAGUUUAUUUUCCCGCCUGGGAGGGAUUUUAGGGUUCGCUCGGCGGCUCGCACCUCGCGUGGCGGGUGCAGCCCGGCGGGGCGAGAGGAGCAGCUGCGGGAGCGCCGGGGAGGUUUUCUGAUGUAGUCAUCGGGGAGGUGCCACCCGCUCGUGCGCGCGCUCCCUUUCUCUCCCCCGGUUCCAACUGAUUGAUGCAUCUCUACAAGUUGCCGGGCUUCGCGCCGGACCGCUCCGAGUGGCGGGGACACUUCUGAGAGCCCGCCCGGGGCUCGAGUAUCGCUCGCCGAAGGCGGCCGGAGGAGGCUGGCCCCGAAGCCUCCGCGCUCGGGACUCGCCGGGAUCGGCGCGAAAGUGAUUGUUUGCCCUCGCGCUCUGCGGCGCCGCGGCGGGGCUGGCUUCGUCGCGCAGGGCUGGGCACCGUCGCUCCGCCCGGCUGGCCGGCCCGUGACCUCCGCUCUCCGUCCGCCCGGGCGCACGCAGACACCCGGCCCCGCGCGGCCCGUGCCAGGACACCUCCCCGCGCCCGCCGCCGCCCGACUGCGCCGGGGGGACCUGCCCGAGAAGCACGCGAGGACCCAAACUUUUCUCUGAGGUUCGCCAGGCGAGGCCGCUCCUCGGCAGCUCCAGGACGCCGGCGGUGGCUCGGGGAUCCCCGCCCUGCCCGGCGCUGCGCCUCCGACUGCCCGGGCUCCUGCAGGGUCGCGGCGGACCGCGCGCCGCCUCCGCGCGCUGCCAAAGUAACUUGGAGCGAAGCGGGGCGCCGACGCGGAGCCGGCCCGGCGGGCCAGUGCAUGUCUCCCCGCGGCCGCGGCGCGCAGCUCCCGGCGACCGUGCAGCGUGCGCCGCCGCCCGCCCCGGCCCCCGCGCAGCCCCUGCUCCCGGGUUGACCCGCCGCCGCACACGCCCGCCGCUCGCCGCCGCUCGCCCCCUCCGGAGCCCUCCGGCGCGGGUGCCACGGGGUCUUCCCGCGCCCCUGCCCGCCGCCCGAUUUCCUUCUCGCUCGCCUCCCCUUCUCCGGCGGGGCGCGCGCCUCUUUCAGGUCUCGCUCCCCUUCCCUUCUCCCCGUGGCGUUUUUUAAUUUAUUCCUAUUUAUUUGGCUCCCGGGCGCGCUCGCCGUCCUCCCCUCCCUCCCUCCCUCCCCCGGAUCCCGGCUCUCUCCCGGAGCGGCGCGUCGGGGGCUCCGCCGCUGGCCGGGCGUGAUGCUGCACGUGGAGAUGUUGACGCUGGUGUUUCUGCUGCUCUGGAUGUGCGUGUGCAGCCAGGACCCGGGCUCCAAGGCCGUCGCCGACCGCUACGCCGUCUACUGGAACAGCAGCAACCCCAGGUUUCAGAGGGGUGACUACCACAUCGACGUGUGUAUCAAUGACUAUCUAGACGUUUUCUGCCCUCACUACGAGGACUCAGUCCCGGAGGAUAAGACCGAGCGCUACGUCCUCUACAUGGUGAACUACGAUGGCUACAGUGCUUGCGACCACACUUCCAAGGGCUUCAAGAGAUGGGAAUGUAACCGACCUCACUCUCCAAAUGGACCACUGAAGUUCUCGGAGAAAUUCCAGCUCUUCACACCCUUUUCUCUAGGAUUUGAAUUCAGGCCAGGCCGGGAAUAUUUCUACAUCUCAUCUGCAAUCCCAGAUAAUGGAAGAAGGUCCUGUCUAAAGCUCAGAGUCUUUGUGAGACCCACAAAUAGCUGUAUGAAAACUAUAGGUGUUCAUGAUCGUGUUUUCGAUGUUAACGACAAAGUAGAAAAUUCAUUAGAACCAGCAGAUGACACUGUCCAUGAGUCAGCCGAGCCGUCCCGCGGCGAGAAUGCGGCACAGACACCAAGAAUACCCAGCCGCCUUUUGGCAAUCCUACUGUUCCUCCUGGCGCUGCUUUUGACAUUAUAGCACAGCCGCCUCCUGUCACCUGUCACAGAAAACAGCAGGGUCUUGGAACACCAGAGAUCCACCUAACUGCUCAUCCUAAGAAGGGACUUGUUGUUGGUUUUUCCUUUCCUUUUUUGGUGGAUGUCAGAUUUUUUAUUUGUUUGAUUUCUUUCUUUCAGCCCGAAUUCUAAGCAACAACUUGGGGUGGCGCAGGUGCGGGGGGCUCACCCAGUUGCUGCCUCCCUUACCCCACCCGCCCCAAGCCCUUCCCCGUGACCUCUCUCACCCC